AUGACAUCUUUCCGCUUCCUCGAUCUCCCCCGCGAGAUUCGCGACAAGAUAUAUGGCAUCCUGCUAUGCACAUUCCCGCGUCCCGAGUCUGUUACGCACGGCACAAUGCUGUCUAAGAAAGACUUCAGUCCAAGCAUCCUACGCGUUAACAAGCAAAUCUACGCCGAGAGCUACGAUGCUAUGAUCAAAGGGAACCGGUUCCUGCUCGUAUCUUCGACUGGCGGUCUACAUUUCGCCUACAUGCUCAAGGCCAAUUCCGUACCAACGCUAGCUUUCGACUUGGACAAUGGCAUCACCCAACGUUUCCGAGGCUACGCAAUGCAUAUCACCAUAGGGAACAACAGCCCUGAAUGGAGGAAGUACUUGCCACCUUCAGAGCUGUUGGAGCCUUGCAACGUUAUCGUGCUGUUUCGAGACGUCGAGAACCUCUGCAAAGCCAUUGAAGCAGGUGAUGAUCGCCUGGAAGACUACAAGAGUCUCGUAACUUUGAAAUUCGAACUUGCACCGGUGCUCAAGCGUCCACCGUACCAGCUCGAAAGCCCAACAUCUUACUUCUCUUCUACCAAAACCCAGGAAGAGCUGUUGGAGCCUUUCCGUCGAAGCUUCCACGACAUGACUUGGACCACCAUUGGUGGUACUGUCGAAGAAUCCCUCGCUAAGUCAGCCAAAGAAGACUUCGCACGCUGCGAAUUCCAUGAUCUGGACGCUGUCAUCUCAUCGUGGACCGAGAGAAAAGCUGAGGGUACACAGCUAUUCAAACAAGGCGACGAUGGCUGCCUGAAGCUUUGGGCUAAAGUCAGAGACGAAAUCGAUGGCGCCCACAAGUCAUACAAAUGGAAGCGUCUGGUCAAGGAAGGCGGCCCUUCAUUUGUAGCAAAGGUUGCCGAGCUCUACUACACCACAAAUCUCAACAUCGUAGCCAUCGGACUCAAAUGGCUAGAGGAAGGCGACCGCGAGGUUCUACCCAACAUCAAAAAGGUCUACGGAGAAUUGAAGAGUAGCAUCAAGGAAGGAUACUGGGGCGUCGCGCACUCAUGGGAACCCUCGGAGGCGCAGGAGAUGAGGAGCACGUUUCGAUACGCCAAAUUUCUGAGGCUCUGGGGAGAGUCGAGCUUGGUCCCGUUUGCGCUCGCGACCAUCAACAUGCUGGCUACUGAUAAUCCUGAGGAUGCCGCGAUUCUAGAAGAGCAGCGCAAGAUUAAGGCUUGGAAGCGCAGCGUGGGUCCCAUUGACGACAGCGCCUUCAAUGCUAUGAUGAGCGGUCUGAACACAUAA